AUGCAGUGUGGCCGUCCUAACGAGACCGCAUACGGGACAGAGAUGCUAAGGCUUAGAGAUGCGGACGAGGAAGAAACGACAAACUGCUGCCUUUCCAACUAUGUAUCGCAAAGCGGUUGGUUGCAGCGCAGGAGGAGGGGACGGGGACAGGCUACUAGUCUAUUAAGCGGGUUGAAACAAGGUUCGGAAGGCGAGAAUGCGCGUACGUGGGGACUGAUCUGUACAAAAGUCGAGACCAAGCCAAAGUGCAGCCGUGGUGGAGCAGCGGAUCUUCUACCCAGCCUGGCUGUUGGCUACCCAGUUCCGGUAAUGACUGAAGGCGAUGGUGAUGGCUGUGGUCAUGAGGUCGCUAUCGUAGAGCUUUUCUACCUCACCCAGGAAGCUUGA